UGCAGGUCUUCUGGUUUGAUUCCAUUCAUUCAUCCUGAUGCAGGAAGUCCUGACGAUCCAAUGUAUCAGAAUCCACGUGGGCUGUACCUGUUAAACCAUGGAACUGUUUGUUAAAAGGGUAAUUUGAGCCAGUCAGGCACCGUCAUGGGUUGCCGUGACAGGAAGGGUUCACUUCAGGGCCUUGAAAUUACCCGAGCAACCGAUCGGAUGACUCCGUUUUACCCCGUGCUGUCUUCGGUGCCGAAUCGCCAUAAUUUCCGGAGACCCCGCGACUAGGCCCCGCCGUCAGCCAGCUUUUCUCCGUCGCUCAUUUUUCUCUCUGCUUUCUUUUCUCUACCUUGUCCUACUUCAGCACUCACUCUAACAAAUUCUCAUCCUAGCCACGACAAUGGUUGAAAGCGUUCUAGACGAUAUCUCCCACCGGAGAUUCAAUCCUCUUCGAGGAUCUUAUAUCUUGGUUUCCCCGCACCGAACCAAGCGCCCCUGGCAAGGACAGCAGGAGAGCCCCUCCAAAACUACUUUGCCAACCUAUGACCCGGCUUGCUACCUAUGCCCCGGAAACAAGCGCGCACAGGGUGAUAGCAACCCUGCGUAUGAAAAGACAUUUGUGUUUGUGAAUGAUUACAGCGCGGUCAAGGAGGAACAAGCACCUUAUACCGCUGAAGGUGGCGAAGACCUCGAAUCGUUCUUUCUCAAGGCAGAGCCCGUUACUGGCAAAUGCUAUGUGCUUACAUUCUCUGCGGCUCAUAACCUGACUUUGGCCGAUCUGUCGCCGGCCGAGAUCGUGCCCGUCAUUGACGCUUGGACCGAGAUCUACACAGCUCACCUGUCUCCGAAGUCGCCUCUGGCUGCUGUCGCUCCCGCGACCACUCUGCCUCCGAAUUCUCCAACUGCUAGCUUGACUAAGCCAAAGGAGCAAUAUCGCUACAUGCAGAUCUUCGAGAACAAGGGAGCCGCCAUGGGAUGCUCGAACCCUCACCCUCACGGUCAGGUCUGGACCACUAGCUCUCUGCCCGAGGAACCGGCAAUGGAACUCGAGCAGCUGAAGAAAUACCGCCAGGAGAACGGAGGCAAGCACAUGUUGGAGGCCUAUGCUGCUCUCGAGAGCCGGAAGCAGGAGCGCGUGGUGUUCGAGAAUGAUGCGUUCCUAGUUGUCUGCCCCUGGUGGGCUGUCUGGCCUUUUGAGACCAUGGUUGUCAGCAAGACGCACAAGCGUGCCUUGGUCAACUUGAACAGCACCGAGAAGGAGCAGCUGGCGGAAGCCAUCGCAGAAGUCACCAGACGUUAUGACAACCUGUUUGAGACGCACUUCCCGUAUAGCAUGGGUAUUCACCAGGCGCCGCUUGAAGGAACUGAGGAGGAAAUCGAAUCGUCGUAUCUGCACUUGCACUUUUAUCCCCCGCUAUUGCGCAGUGCUACCGUGCGUAAGUUCUUGGUUGGGUAUGAAAUGAUGGGCGAACCCCAACGUGAUAUCACCCCCGAGCAAGCUGCUGCGAGGCUGCGGGGCUGUGGUGGAGAGCUUUAUAGGAAGAAGAUGGAUGGUUAAGAACCGAGGGCAUCGAUUACGCUAGAUUGUAUGUUGUAUACCUAACUAUAUUUUCUGACAGCAAUGGAUGCUUGUAUUUUUCAGCCACUCCGACCAAUAGGUUUUUCUGAUCGGAUUGGGACGAGUGUCACCACCCAUCAAAAUCUUAAGUUCUGUCGUACUCAUCUCCGAGUCGAGGGUCAGUUACCUAUCGAAUAUCUGAUGCCACGCGCUUGACGGUUCACCCAAUUUUUGUCUGAAGCGCUUUUCC